AUGAUCGCCGCAUCAUGGGAGCACCGCCUGCGGGCGGAUGCGGCGCGUGCGGCAGAUGUCUUCAGAUACAACUGGCAUCUUGGUGUCACGGCGUUUGGGGGCCCGCCGGCGCAUUUCAAGAUCUUUCACGACCGCUUCGUCACACGGCUGCGAUGGAUCGAUGAGGAUAUGUUCAGUGAGCUUUUCAGCAUAUCCCAGGCCAUUUCAGGACCCGCGAGUACCAAGAUGCUGUACUGCAUUAAUCUUCUCGAGAAUGGGAAGUUUGCUGCCAUCCUUGCCUUUGUCAUCUGGAGUCUCCCCGGCGCCCUAGGUAUGUAUGGUCUCUCCGUCGGCGUCUCGGCGAUUGGCUCCUCCCUUCCCCCCGCCGUCUACGCCCUGCUCUCGGGCCUCAAUGCCGCCACCGUCGGCAUCAUCGCCCUCGCGGCCGUGGAGCUCUCCAACAAGGCCAUCACCGACAAGCUCACUCGCACCAUUGUCUUUCUGUCAGCGGCCGCGGGAAUGAUGUACAAUGCUUUGUGGUUUUUCCCCUCCUUACUUUGCGCCGCUGGGUGCGCCGCCAUCGUGCACGACUACCGCUGGGUCCAUAAGCCUGCGCGGAGGGCCGCGGGGAUGGUGAGGGCUUUGCUGGGGAAGAGAAGGGAGAGGUCCUCGAGGGAGGCCGAGGGUGCUGACCGCGGGGUCGAGCUGCAGGCUGCUGCGGCGACGGCCACGGACGACGGUAAAGACACCGGGUCCGUGGGGGCCUCCUCCUCCGCCGCUCCGCAGCCUUCGUCGCCGAAUCAGCGAACCGUUGCCUCGGCACCCUCUGGGCCAAGGUCAGGUACCCCGCCGCGGGAGGAGGAAGCCCGUCGUCCGCUGGCCGAAUCCGAGCCCCGCGUCAUCGCCAAGGGGUACCGCCUCGAGUCAUCUACUUGUAAAACCGGCACGGCCGUGAUCGUGACCUUUCUCGCCACCUUUGUCGUGUCGAUGAUCGUCCGCGGCCUGGUCGAAGACCUCCCCAUCUUGUACAACCUGUUCUCCAACCUCUAUCUCGCCGGCACCAUCAUCUUUGGCGGCGGGCCAGUGGUGAUCCCGUUACUCCGCGAGUAUAUAGUCGCCGAAGACUGGGUGUCCCCGCGGGAUUUCCUCAUUGGCCUGGCAAUUGCGCAGUCCUUCCCCGGCCCCAACUUCAACUUUGCCGUGUUUCUUGGUGGCUUGACGGCAAUCAACGCGGGUUACUCGGCCGUCGCUGGCUCCCUCAUCGCCUACAUUGCUAUCUUCACGCCCGGCAUGGUCCUCGUCCACGGCACGAUCGGCGUAUGGAGCGUUCUGAGGAGCAGACGGUGGGCAAAAACUGCUGUGCGGGGGGUCAACGCCGGGGCCGUGGGGCUGAUUUACACCGCCGUGUAUCGGAUCUGGCAGGUUGGAUACCUCGACGAGGGCUUCCAGUCUGGGCGGAGUUUGGGCGAUGAUCCGUGGUGGGUUGUCAUCACGGCUACAGCAUAUACUGGAGGUAAGUACUACGGUGUUGCGGCGCCAUUUGCUAUCCUGCUAGGAGCUGCGAUGGGUCUGAUUCGCUAUGGAGUUGUCUCUGGAUGA